GCAACAACGAGUUAACAGCAGCCACCAUGACUACGGCCCACAGACCCACGUUCGAUCCCGCACAAGGGAAGGAGGCCCUCCGCGGCCCAGCAUACCACCAACGUCUUCUUCCGGCGCACAUGCACCUGAAAACACGUCAACUCGGUCAGGGAAGUGAAAUUGAAAGUCAACAACGCGAUCUGCGCGCCGAGCUGCUCCAGGCGGAGGCUGCCCAUUUUGCGAAGAAGAACGGAGUCCCCGUGGACGAGCCUACAGUCGAAACCGCUGUACCCAAGCGUCAGCUGGAAGGUGCCUCGCCCGAUGGUGCUGAGGGAACAGAGGAAGAGGAUCCAGAAGCCAAGCGACGACGAAUACUAGAGGAGACACGAGAUAUAGAUGCAGAUUCAGAUGAGUCGGAAGAGGACAGCAGUGAGGAUGAAAGUGAUGAAGAGGAUGAGGCUGCCGAGUUGAUGCGCGAGCUGGAGAAGAUCAAGCGGGAGCGGCUCGAGCAGAAAGAGAAAGAGGAACGCGAACGCGCUGCGGAGGAGGAAGAGCAGCGAGAGAUUGAUAUUGCUCGCGGCAACCCGUUGCUUAACCCCCAAGAUUUCAACGUGAAGCGCAGGUGGGACGACGAUGUUGUGUUCAAGAACCAGGCCCGUGGAACGGAAGACAAGAAGGGCAAGGAGUUUGUCAACGAUCUGUUGCGCUCGGACUUUCACAAAAGAUUUAUGGGGAAAUAUGUCCGCUAAGCUCGACGUGCAAUCGCCUCAGACAACGCACACCUUCAUGGCUAUUACUGUGCCACCCCUUGCCAGAAAUGUCAGUACAUAGGCCAGACUCAUCGGACUUUAGACCGGAUGAACAGCAUGCGCUGGUGGAUUCGGUAGCUCAAUCCAGCUCGAUGCAAGCCGUUCCUAGUACUCGGUCAAGUCACAGCAGGGAAUAAGCUGACAGACACACUUGCACUAGAUUGGGUUGAUUUGCAAUUGGCGCUAUCGGUUUAAUUCUUUGUGGUAUACCCGCAUCACAAUCAGAUACAGUAUAAAGC